AUGUUGCCCUUUCGACCACAGCACGAAGCCGCUUUCCUCGCUAGCGAGCCGACCUGGCGGCACCGGAUCGGCAAAGGAUGGCACGGAACCAAAUUCCUGGGGAGGGGGAGCUUCGGAGUGACAGGACUGUGGGAAUAUAAAGGAAAUGAUCCGAAUCCACCGGCGCUGAAACACGUCGUCGUAAAGCAAUCGCAACUCGAAGUCUACAUGCCGGGAGGAGGCCGUCGAUCAGCGCUCGAUGAAGGCAAUAUCGGACGCACCCUUUCCGUCAUCAACGCCAAACAUCUGGUACGGCAAUAUGGGGGCAACCGACUUGGGGACUCGUUUGGAGAGAUGGGCAGCGUCAUUCGCAUCUUUAUGGAAUACUGUCCCGGGGGAGACCUGAGUCAAUUUGUGCCUAUGAGCCUAGCGGCGAUGAAGGAGAAGCCUGAGCCUCUUUCUGAGAUGGACUGUUGGGCAAUCUUCAAGUGCUUGGCUUUGGGGGUUCUGGCUAUGGAUAAGAGGACGGAAGAACCGCUCGAUGCAUUGGAGUGGAACGAUGAUGAGGAGCUGAUGCACUGCGAUCUCAAAUGUGACAAUGUAUUUCUAGGAUAUCGUGACAAAGACCAUGCACGGAUACCAAUUCUAAAGAUCGGUGAUUUCGGGGAGUCGAUUAUGGUUCCGUCGCAAGAGCUACAAGACGACGCAGAUGGAGGGGUCUUCCUAGACAGAGGAGCUCCUGCUUUCAAGCCACCCGAAGAAACGAUUAAUUGGCCAUUUGGCCCCUGGCAAGAAACCGGAAUUGGAGUGCAGAAUCCCCGGAAAGGCACCUGUUCCAAUAUAUGGCAAGUCGGAGCCAUCAUGAACUGUCUCAUCCUCCAAGUAAGCCACGACUUUAAUCCUAACCGCUGCGAUGACCCUCGCGAUCCACGAACCUCUCGCUCUUCUCUGGCAGAGCGAGGCACGCCUUUAGCCUCGAACCUAAACCACAGUAUUCAGCUGGACAGAGGCGAAGAAGCAGAACGAUACUCCAAGACCCUCCGAAUGCUCAUCCAAGAGUGUCUCUUCCGGGAAGCACCCCUGCGUCCAUCUUCAAUCCGACUUGUAGACGCCACAAGCCAAGGCCUAAACAGCACUAUGCGAGGCAUUCUCGCGCUCACAAGACGAACCGGAAACUCGGGAUUACAAGCACUACCAGCAAACAUCCAAGCCGUGGCCGUGCGCAUGCCAGGCUAUCUCGACCCGGAACCACCGACAUCCUUUCUCGUCGACCACCGAGCGUGGGACGAAGCGCUCAUCCCAACCUCUAUCCUGGGGGGAGGGACUAUCGGUGGGCUCGUCACAGGACUUGCUCGGCCAAUGCCAGCUCUAGCAGGCAGAGCAGCUACAUUGGUCGCAAGCAGUGCUGCGUCUACCGCCAGCUCGCUCUUGAAAGGCGGCUUCAGAUUUCUGUCUAACAAGAUCACUGGGCCAGAAAGUGGUCCUCCGGCGGAUGGGCGCGCCCGCAGCCGCUCCAUUGGGUAUAUCGUGAAAGCAAAUAGAGUGUCGAAGCGACGGAACGCUGCACCUCCGCUGGUGAACCUUCAAGCCGAUGACCCUGGGUUUGUUGUUUGGUAUCUUGCUACCCGGGCUACUGUGAGCAUGUCAAGUCAGAAAUGUACCGUAUGCGCGAUUGCCGCUGAGAAUAUUGCGAAGGUUGACGAGGUGUUCAACAGUAACAACAAGGAGGAUGGCAAGAUGAGAAACAGAGGCGCUACUACCAGCAGAUGCAUGUAA